UCUCCUCUUCUCUUCUCUUUCAAACUCUCUUUAGUUCAAUAUGGAGCUCAUUUCAACAUCAUUCAAAAUGGAUUUCUCAUACCUCUUCCUUUGUUAUUUGGUUCCUCUUUUUCUCAUUCUUGCUUCUGGCAUUUGGUCAUUGAAAACCAGGCACAAAAAUCUGCCACCAGGGAGUUUCGGGUGGCCGCUUAUUGGUGAAACUAUUGAAUUCGGGUCAAAACCAGAGAAGUUUGUUCUUGAUAGAAUGAACAAAUACUCUCCAGAUAUUUUCAAAACCAAUAUUCUUGGAGAAAAAAUGGCCGUAAUCUGCGGUCCGAAUGGCCACAAAUUUCUCUUCACCAAUGAACAUACAAUCUUCACUCCAUUCGUUCCCUAUUCCAUGCAAAAAUUGUUCCUCUCUUCAGCUCCUCGUGACUUGAAUUUCAGAGAAACUGUGAAAAACGCAAGAGGAGCUCCAGGGUUCUUGAAACCUGAAGCCCUGGUGAAGUAUGUGGGCGAAAUGGAUUCCAUAACUCAACAACAAAUGCAAACUUUAUGGGAAGGGAAAGAUGAAGUGAAGGCAUUUUCUCUAGCUAAGUCUCUAACUUUAACUCUUGCCUGUCGUUUUUUCAUGGGGACUGAGGAUCCUGAGCGUGUUGCCAGGGCGAUUUCCAGGUUUGAUGAUAUAAAGGUGGGGAUGCAUUCUGUUCCUGUGAACUUUCCAGGGACGAAUUUUCAUAAAGCGUGCAAAGCUGCAGCUGCAGUAAACGAGGAGUUAAUAAGCGUAAUUUGUGAGAAGAAAGCUGCAAUGGGUAGGGGAGAACCGAUGCGAGAUAUUGUAUCACAUAUGAUUAUGGCUUCAGAUGGAUCUGGGAAAGGCUCAGAGGUUGAGAUAGCAGAAAAAAUCUUGGGUUUGCUUGUUGCAGGAUAUAGCACUGUGGCUUCUGUCAUGACUUUCUUCAUGAAAUAUGUUGGAGAGAGGCCUGACAUGUACCAGAAAAUCCUUGCUGAGCAAAAAGAAGUCGCAGCAUCUAAGAAGCCUGGGGAGCUCCUAAAUUGGGAUGAUAUGCAAAAGAUGAAAUAUUCCUGGAAUGUAGUAUGUGAAGUGAUGAGACUCACACCAACUAUUCGAGGAACAUUUAGAGAGGUCAUGACAGAUUUUACUUACGCUGGUUACACCGUUCCCAAAGGAUGGAAGCUAUAUUGGACAGUGGAUUCAACAAACAUGAACCCUAAGUACUUCCCAGAUCCAGAAAAGUUUGACCCAUCAAGAUAUGAUGAAAAUAAUAAUUUACCUGCCUACGCCUUUACUCCAUUUGGAGUUGGUCCUCGAUCAUGCCCGGCGAAGGAGUAUUCUCGAAUGGCGAUACUCACUUUUAUUCACAAUGUGGUGAAGAAAUUUAAAUGGGAGAUGGCAAUUCCAGAUGAAAAAAUAACAGGCGACAUGAUGCCCUCUCCAGAACAAGGACUUCUAAUCCGUCUUUAUCAUCACUAAAUCGUUAAAGUUUCCAUUAAUAUAUAUGUCAAUACUACCGUGAUGUUAUUAGAAUAAUAUUAACGAUUGGAUUGAUACUUGUCGAAAAGACGAUCAUUAAUCCACGUUUAAGAUGGUCUGUUUACAUCAUGAAAAUGAUAUACAUAUGUUUAGUGCUUUCAAUAAACUUGUAAUUGAUGCUUAUCUUGUCUAAUGACGUUAUAAAAAUGAUACAAGUGCUUGCCAUUAUAUGUCAAAUAAUGAACUUGUA